AUGUCGUUUUCGGAUGUCCACUAUUUGGACCCGCUCUACAACGUGCCUCACCCAAGAGUGGGCUCCUUUUAUCGAGCACUCGACAUUUGGUUCCAAUGGAUCCUGCCAAAUGCUGCGCCAGCUUUCGUUCUCUUCAACGUCUGCAAUGUAUUUGAAUCUUAUUUUUCGAGUCCAGGGUGUCAGAGCGAGGCUGCGCAGCACUGCAUCGCCGCGCUCGCCUACGGCUGCCUCGAGCUCCACCGGAAGGAGACCAACAGCUGGGAGUUCGACUAUAGCCAGGAACAGCUAAAGCAUAAUGCUUUAGCCAUCUCGCUGCUCAAGAAAGACAUUGUCACAGAAAGGACUGCCGCGGACAGCCCGUCCGCGAUCAACACCAUCUUCCUGUUGAGUUUCCUGGCACAAUUUCGAGGCAACCACCAAGAAAGUGCUCUGCACCGCAAAGCCCUGAAGCGACUACUCGAUUCUACCGCUGGUCCUAUCGACCGAGCAGAGUUCGACGGGAGAUAUGGAGGGUUGCUGUUGCAAUUCAGUUGUUGGAUGGACGUCUUGGAAGGCCGACCAAAUGUGCUGGAAAUCUUGCCAGAACACCAAAGUCCGAAGUUGCUCAUUUCCGCAUUCAACUGUUCCGCUGCCAGCAAGUAUUAUGACGUGGCUGCCACUCUGCCCGUGGGAUUUCAGGUAUUGAUAAUCAAGGGUAUGUUGAGUAACGAGAGCCGACGUCUGCUUGCGCGAUUCUCAUACGCCUGUCAACACGGACUGGGCGCAGUACCUAAGGCCGAAAGUCAAUUCCCCGACUACGCCGUGGCCAGUCCCUGGCUCACUGCUGCCGAGCCGAGCUUGGAGAAGUGCCUGCAGUUGGCGCUGCUCUGCUAUGCUCACAUGAGAUGGAGCAUCGCUCCGAACUACGUGGCGGGCAUCUUGUGUCACACCAUCUCCAGGACCAAGCUAGCUCAGGCGCUGCCAUGGGUGCCAGCGUCUGACAACCCCAUAGUCACAGAGUGUCUUGUGUGGAUGUGGAUGGUCUUGGUUGAUUCAUAUCGUCUUGAGGGCUCGGUGCUUCCCCGAGAAGGAUUAUCAUGUCUCGGCGAAUUCAGGUUUCACUUCCCGGAUUGGCAAAAUUGGACGGACAUCGAGAUCAGCGUUCUGCCGAAGUUCUUCUGGCGCGAAGGAGAUUCGAUUGCAAUCAGAAAGGCGUGGGGUUCUUGA